AUGACUCAGGACAGCGACGAUCUUCUCGCUAUGGUGUUCUCGGCUCCUAUUCAUCUGCCGCCAACACAAGUGAAAUCUGAUGGUGGCAAUGUCGUCGUGACAACUUCUGAGAGUAGGCACGUUGAAACUCAUCACACCGUUACCCACCACGAAGAAGUACAUACUUCGACUUCCGUCCAAGAAAGUCACCAUUCUCACUCGGAAAGUCAUCAAGUCCAUUCUGAAGGACACAUAGGGUCAUCAGAUGCUGUGGAGAGUGGGCAUUUCGAUUACGACAAUGAAAGUGAACGGAAUCGCGCGGCAAGUCAAAUGUUGAAAGCUUCGUCUGCCAUGUCGUCUGCGACUUCUGUGUCCGUUCGAUCUAGUGUUUCCCAACAACAGUCUCAACACCAUGAAUCGGGAGGAAAACACGAAGCGCACAGAGCGAUAAUGCAGUCGUACGCAAUGAAUAAAAGUGGAUUCACAAGCGAUGGCGACGGAUCAUCGGUGACUGUCGUGUCAAGCCAUAGACAUACAGAACGGGAAGAAACUCCGACCGUAAAAAGUGAGGCGUCCACAACUAUCGCACCUGUUCGCACGCCAAUUCACGACGCUGUCAUCCAGCAAUUCAAGAGCCUGCACAAACGCGAGUCAGUCGCAUCUUCCAUAACAGAUCAGGAGGACAGCCACCGAAAAUAUUACGAAAAGGAGCCAUCAGAAGGCGAAGUGAAAUCGGAGGAAGUCAUUCGAUACGGAUUCGAUUCGAACGAAAUUCAGAAGAGUCACUCGAAACAGGAGGUACCCGAGAACGUUCACCUUCUAAAGUACCAGGAAAUUGUCUACGAACCUAUAGAGAAGACCGUCAAUAUGAGUUCAGUUCAAGUCGUCGAACAUCAUCAACAUGAAGAACAACAUACAACUGAAGAACACGUUGUUUCGCACGAAACUCGGAUCCACGAGAGCGAUGACGAACCGUUCACAUUCGAUAGGGUUGAGUAUGUGACGGAAAACGUUGAACAUGAGCCUCAUCUCGAACACAUCUCUAGCGAGCCGAUUGUGACUGAAGUUAUCCACGAGCAGACGACAUCUCAGCCGCACAGCAGAACUCAUUCGGCUGGUGAACAAAAAAAUUUCUACUCUCAAGAGAUGCAAGUCUCAUCUUCGCAUCAUUCCUCAUCGCAUGAGGUCACUCAAAACUUCCAUUCUUCACAAGAAAAUGUUGAGCGACGUUCUCAACAAUCCUUAUCGAGCAAUACGAAAAUGUAUGAUCCUUAUGCGGUGACUACAAAGUCGGAUACUUCACUCCACAAGCAUGAGGACGUUGAAGAGAAGGAGCUUGUACCGCGUGUAGCUGGACCCAAAGUUCGUGACAAUCUCCGCCCAGUGUCGCUGAAUUCCAGUACAUACAAGGUCACCGAGUACAAAUUUGUGUCAGCCAGCGAUCACCAUAAAGAUGGAGGUCAAAAAUCUUCCGAAUCAGAAUCUCAGAGAAGACAUUCACAGUCUCGCCAUUCUCAUAAGGAACAUCGUCAUCAUCGUCCCAAACAAAUUGAUGUGGACUCGCUCCGUAGUGACAGUCAGGAUGAUAUUGAAAUUCGUACUGAAAUGCACUUCUCGCCCGCAUCUACUCUGGUCCGUCAGGCUGUCCGUCCUAAUCUGGAUCUUCCGCCAAAUACAGGAGCUGUAAAAUUACUCCGAGAAAGAAUCGAACUCGGUGAAAAUCAGACAGAGCGAAAGGAAGUUAAAGAAAUUGAUAUCUUCGAGAGCUUGGAUGACAACAGAAACUACAAAGGUGAGGACAUCCCUCGUUCGCAAAUCAAGGAGGAGAAUCGUCACACAUUCCAUGAGCUAUACUAUCGUCAACCUUUCGGAGUACCAAAUGCUCAUGUGGAACAUCAUCAGUAUCAUAGUUCUAGUGGAGUUAGCUCUUUCAACGAUAGCGACAUUCAACAACAUGUCGAAUCAGAACAGCAAAAAUAUCAGCAAGAUCUUCGUCGUGUUAGUCAAACCUCUGGAAAACAGAAUAUCUACGAAUCGAACGAGCACCAAGUGAAUCUUCGUAACGUUGGGAAGACAUACGAAGAACAGGCAAGCCAGCAAAGAUACGUUCAACAUCAUGUGGAGCCACAGUAUCAACAACAACAACAACAAUACGAUCAACAAGUGAAUCUCCGUAGUGUUGGAAGGAUAUAUGAGGAACAGGGAAGGCAGCAAAGAUACGUGCAACCACAUGUAGAGCCGCAGUAUCAACAAAAACAAGAUCUACGUCGUGUUAGCUUAACUUCUGGAAAACAGAAUAUCCACCAAUCGAACGACCAGCAAGUAAAUCUCCGUAAUGUUACACACACUUACGGAGGACAGUCAACCCAACAAGGACACAUUCAACGUUAUGCAGAGGUGCAGAAUCAACAAAAACAAUACGAUCAGCAGAUCACAACCGACACUCGUAACUUCAAUCAAACAUCUGGACGGCAAACGUUCCAGAGUUCCUACAAUCAGGAACGAAACGACACAACUCAUCAACUUCAACAUCGUGACACCUCGAAGCAGACGUAUUCCCAUAACGAAACCUAUCGUCCAUCCGAACAACUACAUUGCACUUGUAACAGUUGCGCUAUCCACGGUCGCAACGCAGCACAUCAAACCGCAGCAGUCACCAAGCACAAGGACGAAAUUAAGGAACUUUCUUACGACGUAGGAAACCGUGCUCAACAGCAUGGUGGCUAUCAGAAAUCCGUUUCGAACGUAUCCCAUACGGGAAGUGGAACGGUGUUACAACAAAAAUCUGAUCUACAUGAUGAUAGCAAAACUCAUAAGCGAACCUCAUCGAUCCAUCGCAUUGAGGACGUCGUGCAUUCGACUGGAGGUGUCCAGGUUGGCGGUGGUGUUGUAGGGAACGUUGUCGAUACAAGAACAGCUCAAGGAGAAAUUUAUACAACACGAACUUCCGCUUAUGCUCCUCAUGCUCAACAGCGUCAAGUGACUUCACCAGCUGUAUCUGCUCCUACACCACCGGUAGCACCAGCUCCUACACUGGUAGCACCAGCAGCUGUAGCACGUACAUCACGUGCACAACAUGACGAGAAGUACAAUUCGAUGAGAGUUGUAAGAAAUGUGCGUGCUUUUGUGAACGAAUGGGGACAGAAGGACUUCCAACCUCCUUAUCCACCUGGAGCUGUUACUCAGACCUCCUUACCGAGAAGUCCAGUCACUCCGACGUUCCCGGAAAACAAGGUAUCUACGACUGUUAGAAGCGUCACCGCGUCAGCACCAAAGGUCACCUCAUCUGGUUCGGUUACCUCUGGUAAUGAGAGCGCUCAGACUCGUACGAAUGUGACUAAAGAGCAGACUAUUGUCAAGACUGAGUCUCAUCUGGUCGGGAAGGGUGGUACCACAUCCCAUCAGCAAAUUGUCUCCACCACUGCACUUCAUGCUCCAGUUCCUGCCAAACGUGAAUCGGUCGUAAUUGCACCUGCACGUACCGUACCCGUACUGUUGGAGCCUGCACAUCACCAUCACGAUUAUCAUUGCUGCUGCUGCCCUCAUCACUGUUAUCAUGAACAUCAAUGCCAAUUCUGUCAACAGCAGCAGCAGCAACAAGAACUUUACCUACAACAAUCCACUAAAAUUCCGGCAGUACAGACGUUAACUUAUAAGAGUGAACAGAGUCAGCCGAUGCUGAAAUAUGAAAGCUACACCACUCAAUCGGGAACACUGGAUCUUCAGGAUGAGCAACAUAAAGGUAACGCUGAUGCGGAGGAGUCAUUCAGAUUGGUGCCAGUGUCUGUCCGUCGUGCUGACUAUGAGAUGAAAUCCGCCCAGUCGACGAAUGUGGGACGUUCUAGUGGCAUGAAACCAGUGAUUGAUGUGUUCUCCGUUUAA